AUUGGGUGUGUUUGAGAUUCUUCUCCUUCUUCUACAACCUCCUUUCUCUACUUGUUGUUGCCAAAACUCGAGAAUCUGCCAUGGCUAGCAUCAACGUCGACGAGAUCGAGGUCGUGCAAGGCGAAGAAGGUUAUCUCUCCUCUCCUUCGCGUGUUUCUACUGAUCCUUCGUUGGAUCUGGAUAAUUCCGGCAACGGGGGCGGCGGCGGUGCUGGCGGCUAUGAGGUUUCGGUGACGUCGUCUUACGACGUCGAUUCGGAACUGGAUUGUCGUGGCUCGUCCGAUGUGGAUGGGACGGUGUCUGGGAGUGGGCCGGCCGGAACCAGUGCUCGUGGUGUGCUAAUAAUCCGCCGCGACCGUGCUGGUGGCUCUGGGGGCGCGAAUUGUGAGGGGCGAGAGGGGUCUGAAACGCAAUCAGAGCCGCGCUGCAUCGCGCGCGUAUCCGAGGCGAUAAGCCGCCUAGGGUUCCGCGGUGUGGGAGCGGCCUACUAGAUAAUUGAUUGGGCGGAAAUGUGGGGCGAUGAGCCAGCACCGCGAGACAGUUGAUAGACCGUUAGUUACACAUGUUUUCACCCCUGUUCUUACACCGUUUGAGAGGUGGUUUCUCGUGUUUUAGACCGAUUUCACGCUAGGUUGUGCUUGUUUGUGAUAUUUCAGGUCCUGGCAAGUGAAUGAAGGUUUAGGAGCGAGUUCGGGGUCGAUUGGGCGAAGAUCGGGCGCGAGACAAGUCGCAAAGGAGGUCACACGGGCUACCCUGAUGUUCACACGGCCGUGCGAGUGGCCAGUCUGGCCGUGUGACAUUCUGCGAGAGCAGACACGGGCAGAGCAGCAGAUUGCCACGGCCGUGCAAGUGGCCGGGUUGGCCGUGCCACAUUCGCCGAGAGCAUACACGGGCAGAAGGAAGUCACACACGGCCGUGCCACCCUGGCCGUGUAAGAAGCCUGGAAUUCGACUAAGUGAUACGGUGCGUUUUGCCUCACACGGGCAACUGGGUAGGCCACACGGCCGUGCCACCCUGCCCGUGUGAGUCGGGAUUUCCUGGUUUUAAGCCAAAUUCCGAACCAAAGAGGAGAGAGAGCUGGGUUUUGGAUCCCAAACACCCAAGGGACGAACCCUAGAGAGAGAGAGAGAGCGCGACUUGGGAACAUUCUUGGAGCUAUUUUGGAGGAAUUCUUCGCCAUUGGAGCUCGGGAAUCAAGCUUGGAGAUGGAGAUUGAAGAUCUAGAUCAGAUUUCUGCAGUCUCUCUCUUCUCUAUGGAGUAACUUCCCUUCACUUAGGUUUUGAGGAACCUUAGUUCCAUGAGUUACGAUCUUUCUUGUAUGAAGUUUUGGAUGCUAUAUUGUUUGAUUAUAAUCGAAUGAUGCAUGUUUAUUGAGUCAAUUGAAGUCUGAUCAACUUUUCCUGAUUCCUGCUGCAAUCUGAGAUAGAUAGAAUCUGAUUAGGUUGCUAGAGUCUCAUCAUUCGGUAGUAGGAGAUUGGCUAUACGAGAGUUAGCCAGUUUAUUGCUUUGUACUGGAAUCCAAUUCCAGUAGUGGAGUUCUGUGCUUAUUGCUUCAGCUUUCUAUCCCGGUGAAGACUAGUCGUCUGCCGAAUAGUUAGACUGAGAGGGUUUGGUCAGCUUAAGAGAUUCCAAACUACUGUCGGAUCUUCCGCAGUUUAAUCAACAAUAAAUCAACCAAAAGGAAUUACAACUUGGACCUAAUUGAGGAGCUAGGGGGAAUCAUACCUAAGUGAGUUCCCAAACUGUAAUUAGUAGUUUUACUUAGUUGAGUUAGUAGAGUAGUUUAGUUAAUCAACCCUUAAUCUAGUUUGCUAGAUAAUGAACUGAAGCUGAGUAAUAGUAACUCUAGAGACCCGUGGAUUCGAUAUUUAUUACUUGUGCCACUAUACUGCAGUCCCUUUCAUUGGUUACACUUGGCCAUUGUUAGGUGUUGUGUUUUAGAGCAUCAAGUUUUUGGCGCCGUUGCCGGGGACUUUCUAGAGUAUUAUGAAAGGCAGAAGUUUGUUACUUUAGCGUUUUUCUUUUCUUUUCCACCCUUGCUUUUCACUUGGGUGUUUUUGUUUUUGUUGGUGCAGAUCUGAAUCAUGGAUCCUAAUGGCUUCUCCAAUCAUUGGGGGUAUCCACCACCAUCCGGGUGGUCUUACCCCGCGACUCCCUACAGCAAUCAAGAGGAGAAGACUAU